AUGUCCGGACAAGAACCCACCACCGACGAGAGAUUGAGAGCUCGUAUGACCGAGAUGCGGGCGGAAAUAGCAAGCUCCCCAGAAGCGCAAGAACAACUGCAGAGGAUGACCAGCGAGCACAUCGCCACUAUCACAGGCAACGCCGCGGCAGCUGGCUCAUCGGGUGCCGCUGCCCUGGAGGGCACUGUCUUGGGCAACGCGGCCGACUCGAGUACAACUCCCCUUCUUUCACUGCACCGAAACCCCGAUCUAACUCCAACUCUUACAGUCGUCAAUUAUCCGCACCUAGCCCAGGCCCUGGCGGUGCAGGUUCCUGCCACCCAGGACACGUACACGCUGAGAGCUAGUACGAGCACCAAUGUCUUCUUGGACAGCACGGUAGCCCUCAUUGCGGUCGCUCCGCAGAAGGUGGUGAUGGUGGCUCAGCCCGGCUGGUCGAUCAUCCUUAUCGUGACUAGCGACGACACCUACUCCCCUGUCGUCGUCCCUAACUCUUCGCUCUUGAGGGUUCCUGUUGCUUCUGGCUCCGGCCAAGGUGUCAACAACAACGCUCAGCCUCAGCCUCAGCCUCAGCCUCAGGCCUCGGGAUCAGGUGGGGUGGGCGCGGAGACAGCGAGCGGUAGAGAAGAUAGUCUUCAUCCUGAAGAUGGCACCACUGGAGGAGGUCCAGCCAGCGGCGGAGCAACUGCUGCUCACACCGAGGAUGUCGUGGAGGUUCCAGAGGGCGGUGCUCUCACUGCCAUUCACCCCGAGAACGACGACGAAGAGGAGGGACUGUAG